AUGGCAACCUUGAAUCUAUCCACGAAUGGUCCAUCCAUAACCAAGAGUUAUCAGUCCAUCGUCAAUACACCUCCCCCGUCUGGUACUGCCUCCAAGUCUCCAACCUAUGGCCAGUGGGCCGUGUACUCUGUCUCUGCUCCUCUAGCCAAUGCCUUUCAGCAAGACGCUGGCGGGAAGGAAAGUGUAUUGAAAGUACAGAGUACUGGCGAGGGUGAGCUGGUUGAUCUGAUAGAUGAAUUCUCCGAUGGCAGGGUUCAAUUUGCCUACGCUAAAGUCCAAGACCACAAUACAAAGCUGCCAAAAUCCGUCCUCAUUGGUUGGUGUGGUGAAGGUGUGCCUGAGCGGACCAAGGGCUAUUUCACCAGUCAUUUGACCGCUGUAUCGAAAGUACUACAUGGUUACCACGUCCAAGUGACUGCUCGCUCAGAUCGCGACCUAUCGCCCGAAUCUAUCGUUCAAAAAGUUUCUGACGCAUCAGGCUCAAAGUACUCUGGCGGUGGACCUGUCCCAAGCAGCAGUGGCCCUCCCCCUCCUAUCUCCUCGAAACCGGCUUUUACACCUACGCGCAGCAGUGGUGGAGGUGGUGGCGGCUUCAAUCCUCUGACUGGAUCGCGGAUACGCUCUAGUGUGCCAAAAGACACAAACGUUGACGAAGAUGGUUGGGGUCAAGACGCGCCACCAGUUACUCGGACGCAGCUUGAGAAAGUGCAGUCUUCGUAUCAGCCCACCAAAGUGAAUAUGCGCGAUCUGAGUUCACAAAAUCAAGAACCUUCUCGCUUCAAUGGCACUGACAAUAACGACAAUACGCCCACAGACAGCGACGUGGUCAGGGGUGGAUACCAGCCAGUGGGAAAGGUGGAUAUCGCUGCCUUACGGAGGCAGGCGCAAGAGAAAGGCAAUUCUCAUGAUGACAGACCAAACGUAGUCAAAGGGUCCUACGAGCCGGUAGGGAAAGUCGACAUUGCCGCCAUCAGAGCUCGAGCACAAAAACCUGCAGAGGGCGCCACAUCGCCUUCCAGCAGCAUGUCCCCUGCGGCCCCAGGAACGUCCGUUCGGAGUAGCGAACAAGGCGAAGAACAAAAAUCUCUUGCAGAUCGAUCGGCGCCCUUCUCGACUUCUGAGCGUCUCACAUCUCUCCCUAAGCCAAAGGUUGCCAAUCGCUUCGGGUCUGGUCCUAGUUCAGUCGCAGGAACCAAGGCUCCGACUCCUGGCGGUUUCGGCUUGGAGUCCAAGUCUACCCCUGCUGCCCCGCCCGUCGGUGUCGGUAGGACCUUCGCUGACCAAGGGGGGAAGACGCCAGCCCAAUUAUGGGCGGAAAAUAAGGCUCGCGAACGAGGCUUGAGCGGCACAAGUGACAAUCUUCCGUCCGGUAUUGGAGGGUCUCCAUCACAUAUUGCGAACCAAAAUUCUGGCGAAUGGAAGAGUGGGUACGGCGGGAAGAGCUGGGCUCCUGUGCAGACUACUAGAACCGGACAAUCUUCGGGUAGCUUGGGUCAGCAAGGGACAGGACAGGAAGAAGACAGUCAGGAAAAAGCCCCAAGCUCUCUAACCGGCGGUAUUGGAGCCAUCCGAGAUCGCUUUGAUGGUGCACCUCCAAUGGGGGCUUCGAACAUACGCUCGGAGGUCUCAUCUCCCAGUCCACCACCCCUAGAUACGUCCAGUAAGCCCAACGCGGGCCGUGGAAUCCCAAUCUCAGGACUCCCAACUCGACCCACUCAUCAAGAAGAUGAUGAGGACGAAGUAGCACCACGAAUGCCGACACCGCCUGCGCAGCCUCCAAGAAGCCCUACUCCACCCACGCCGCCUGGCAUGGAUACGAGAUCUCCUAUCCGAGUUGCGAUGCCUGUGAGCCGAGGUCAUAAUGAGCAGCAGGUCGAAGACGCACGGGAUGAGCAAUUCUCACCUCCACCAUCAAUGCCUGCACGCUCCCUCGCUCAGGCCAUUCCGCUAGAAGAAGACCUCACUGAGGAGCCAUUUGGACACGAUCCUGCUCGCGGUGCGGGCGAAGCUGCCGCUGCGGCGUCCUUUGGCGGAGAAGCAAUUGAAUCCGCACAAUCCGGGGCUCACGAAAGUGGAAAGCGUGCGCUGGUGCAGUAUGACUACGAGAAGGCCGAGGACAAUGAACUGGAAUUAAAAGAAGGCGAGUAUGUCACCAACAUUGAGAUGGUAGAUGACGAUUGGUGGAUGGGCCAGAGUCCACGUGGUGAGACUGGGCUUUUCCCUAGCAAUUACGUAGAGCUCAUGGAGGGCGAGGAGGGCGAGGGGGCUGGUGGUGGACAGGCAAGUCAUCAAGCCGAAGCUGAGCCUGAACCUCAGCAACAUAUCGCUGGUGCUGCUGAAGCCAGUCAGGGAGCUACGGCUACGGCGCUAUAUGAGUAUGAGGCUGCGGAGGGAAAUGAGCUGAGUUUCCCCGAAAAUGCGAACAUUACGGGAGUAGAAUUUCCAGACGAAGACUGGUGGUCUGGCGAGUAUGGAGGUCAGCAGGGUCUUUUUCCCGCCAACUAUGUGCGGCUAGACGAAUGA